AUGUCAUCGACAUCCGCAGUCGGACCCCGCCGAAAGAUCGUGGGCACGAGCCUGAAGAUGUACUUUGACCUGACCAAAACCCUAACCUAUGCCGCCGACCUCGCAACCAUUGCUUCCCAAGCUGCUAAACACAACAUUGAUCUCUUCAUCAUCCCAGACUUUGUGUCUUUGUUGCCUGUCAAGGAUGCGUUGAAAGGCACUGAUGUCAAAGUGGGUGCUCAAGAUGCUUUUUGGGAGGAUGCGGGAGCGUAUACUGGAGAGGUCUCUUGCAGGACGUUGAAGCAGGCUGGUGCGAGUAUCGUUGAGUUGGGACAUGCGGAGCGUAGACGUCUAUUUGGAGAGACUGAUGCUACGGCUGCGAAGAAAGCCGCUGCUGCGUGUAGGAAUGGUCUGGUUCCUCUAGUGUGUAUUGGCGAGAAGACACAUGGCAAGAUUGCUUCUCAGGCCGUGGGCAUGGCUAUCGAAGAAUGCAGGCCGCAAGUCAUGAGUCUUCUGCAAGCCAUACCGGAUGAUGCGGAGCUCAUUCUUGCUUACGAGCCUGUCUGGGCUAUUGGUGCGAGUGAGCCAGCGGAUCCUGAUCAUGUCGUCGCCGUGACCCAGCAGAUCAGGAAGAUGGCUGAAGGACGCAAAGGCCUGACAAGGAUUCUGUAUGGCGGAAGUGCUGGUCCGGGAACUUACGACAGACUCAGAGAAGGUGUCGACGGUUUAUUCUUGGGGCGCUUCGCUCACGACAUCAAAAACCUCGAGCAGGUCAUCAAGGAGAUGAGUGAUUGA